AGGGCUGUGAAGGAGGCAGGAGGCGAGGGGGAGGGGGUGCUGGGGCUUUCGCUUGCUGCAGCCCUGCCAGCCCAGCCAGCCCGAGACAACCCGCGCCAGCCACCAGGGCCUUGGAGAAGCCGGACUUCAUUAGCACCAUGCAGUGGAUAAGGGGUGGAUCGGGAAUGCUGAUCACUGGAGAUUCCAUCGUUAGUGCUGAGGCAGUAUGGGAUCACGUCACCAUGGCCAACCGGGAGUUGGCAUUUAAGGCUGGCGACGUCAUCAAAGUCUUGGAUGCUUCCAACAAGGAUUGGUGGUGGGGCCAGAUCGACGAUGAGGAGGGAUGGUUUCCUGCCAGCUUUGUGAGGCUCUGGGUGAACCAGGAGGAUGGGGUGGAGGAAGGGCCCAGUGACGUUCAGAAUGGGCACCUGGACCCCAACUCAGACUGCCUUUGUCUGGGCCGGCCACUCCAAAACCGGGACCAGAUGCGAGCCAACGUCAUCAAUGAGAUCAUGAGCACCGAGCGUCAUUAUAUCAAGCACCUAAAGGACAUUUGUGAGGGCUACCUGAAGCAAUGCCGGAAGAGAAGGGACAUGUUCAGUGAUGAGCAACUGAAGGUGAUCUUUGGGAACAUUGAAGACAUCUACAGGUUUCAGAUGGGCUUCGUAAGAGACCUGGAGAAACAGUACAACAAUGAUGACCCCCACCUCAGCGAGAUAGGACCCUGCUUCCUGGAGCACCAAGAUGGAUUCUGGAUAUAUUCUGAGUACUGUAACAACCACCUGGACGCCUGUAUGGAGCUCUCCAAACUGAUGAAGGACAGCCGCUACCAGCACUUUUUUGAGGCCUGUCGCCUCUUGCAGCAGAUGAUCGACAUUGCUAUUGAUGGUUUCCUUUUGACGCCAGUGCAGAAGAUCUGCAAGUAUCCCUUACAGUUGGCUGAGCUCCUCAAGUAUACUGCCCAGGACCAUAGUGACUACAGGUAUGUGGCAGCCGCUCUGGCUGUCAUGAGAAAUGUGACUCAGCAGAUCAAUGAACGCAAGCGGCGCUUGGAGAAUAUUGACAAGAUUGCCCAGUGGCAGGCCUCUGUCCUAGACUGGGAGGGCGAGGACAUCCUAGACAGGAGCUCGGAGCUGAUCUACACUGGGGAGAUGGCGUGGAUCUAUCAGCCCUACGGCCGCAACCAGCAGCGGGUCUUCUUCCUGUUUGACCACCAGAUGGUCCUCUGCAAGAAGGACCUGAUCCGGAGAGACAUCCUGUACUACAAAGGCCGCAUUGAUAUGGAUAAAUAUGAAGUAGUUGACAUUGAAGAUGGCAGAGAUGAUGACUUUAAUGUCAGCAUGAAAAAUGCCUUCAAGCUUCAUAACAAGGAAACUGAGGAGAUACACCUAUUCUUUGCCAAGAAGUUGGAGGAGAAGAUACGCUGGCUCAGGGCUUUCAGAGAAGAGAGGAAAAUGGUACAGGAAGAUGAAAAAAUCGGCUUUGAAAUUUCUGAAAAUCAGAAGAGGCAGGCUGCAAUGACUGUGAGAAAAGUCCCGAAACAAAAAGGUGUCACCUCUGCUCGCUCAGUUCCUCCUUCCUACCCACCACCGCAGGACCCGUUAAACCAGGGCCAGUACCUGGUCCCUGAUGGCAUCGCUCAGUCGCAGGUCUUUGAGUUCACCGAACCCAAGCGCAGCCAGUCACCAUUCUGGCAAAACUUCAGCAGUUUCCUGAUGAUACUGAUGCUGAUGACUUUUGAAUUUAAUUUGAUGUGGUGGAGUUUGAGAGUUUUGAAUUUCUUUUUUUCCUUUUCCUUUUCACUGGGUAAGGGGAGGAUCCCCUUCCUCCACUCCCUCAACUGAUCAUCUGCGAAUGUUUCUGCAGCCCUGCAGUUGCCCCAAAUAGCCUUUUCCCUGCAUCUUCUGUCCUCAGUCAUGCCAGUCUGGACAUGCUCUGUUGUGCCCUGUGACAUAACUGCUCAAUAUUUCUAUUGCUUUCACUGUGUUUUAGGUGUUGUAGAGAGAUCGAAACUAAACAGAAGCAAGGGAAUGUCAGAGUAAUGAUGCUGGAGAGGACUUCUGUUCAGGGAGCAUUCUGCAUUUGGGCUGUUUCUUCUGCUAGCACUGGGGGUUCCCAUGUUGCAGCACUGCUGGGUCAUGCUAGUUUUGUAUCUGGGGUUUAGUUUGGGUCAGUUUUUCUCUUCUUCAUGCCACUUUGGUUAUGGUGUUUCUUCUAGGCUUGUCCCUCCCCUAACCUAAAAAAUCUGAACUAGAAGUAAAGAGGCUGAGACUCUGCCUCCUGGAGGAGGGAUUCAACUGCCUCCAGUACCAAGUAGGUUUAGGGUAGGACUCCCCACUGCAAUCAGGGGCCUGGUUGUACCUGCUCCCCAUUGGCAGAUUGUUUAGGCAGCAUUGCUGGAGUCUGUAAGAGGUCAAGACAGAGCCCACCUGACCAAGAUCUUCAACUGUAUUCAAAUUAUUGACCUGGACAGAAUCAAAGGCUGAUAGUAACCUCUUAUAGGAAAGAACAAAGAUGGGCAUGGAAAGAGACAACCUCAGCCCAAGAUAUGUACUUACAGUUCCUAACUUAUGUGAAACUUCCCCCAUUGUUAGCUGAUUGCAUGGAUAAUCUUCCAUGGCUCCUUCCUUCCCCUCUUCCUGUCUUCCUUCUUUCUCCUGCUCUCCCCUGCACAGGAGGGUUGCUGGUAUGAGCAUAGUUAAAGCGCUUCUGGCACUCAAAGACUGCCCUGUUUCCAACAUUCUCCCAUCCCACAACAUUUGAAGUAAGCAAGCGAGGAGCCCAGGGGACUUUUCCCUGUGGAGAAAUGAUCUGAGGCAGAGAUGCUACCCUCAGGCUCAUUUUUGGUAGGCUUUACACUUAGGAAAAACUAACUUUCCACACAAAGAGACAGACUCCCUAUGGGUACUCCCUAUUCCUCCUCUCCACAUAGCCCCUCAGGUAGAUAGACCUUGAACAGCAAGGAGAAUGGAGUACAAAGGAGUAAGGAUGGGCCCUACUAUGGAGAGCCAUUCUAGUGAGGAAUAUGGAGAUUGUGAGUCUAUCCUGGACCCUGUGGGAGAAGACUUCAUCAUGAAAGGACCUCAGCUUAAUGAGCAGCAGCCAUGGCUGCAUGGGACACAGCAUAGCUGGCUCUGCUCUUAUGCCUCCUGACCCAGACCAGGCCCUGCCCAGCCUGGGAAUUUUUCCUCUAUGGGAAUCAAAUUACAAGCUGUUUAAGCUCCCAUUCCACCACACCCAAAUGAGACUUGAGAAGUAAGCCAAGGAUAAGUGUGAGCUGGGCAGAGGGCCAGGGCUCGGGACUGGCCACAAUUGCUCAGCACCUGACCCAGCUACUUAAGCCCACUUAACAAGGAACCUGGUACCCAGUGCCUAAGCUAAAAUGGAUUCCCUGGCAAACAGAAUGUCUGGCUGUGUAGGCCUCCCUUGAGUGUACAUUAUUUUCCUACUUUCAAUUCCUUCCCACUAGGCUUGACCUUGACUUGUUUCUCCAGGGCCUGGGGGCACACCAAGAGGGGAUGCAUGGACAGGUCCCUGGACCUACAACUUCUCUUGGCCAAGCUCCCUCACACUCCCACUUCCUGCUCCCCUGGGACUGUGCCCAGAGCUCCAGGAUCAGGAAUUAUCACCUCUUUCCACCCACCUCUUAUCCACCCAACCCACUGGCCUCAUCAGAUGCCAAUAACUUAUGAAAACAACAAGAAAUCUGUUCACCAUUGCUUGGAAUAUUCCCCCAGCCUAUGGCAGAAAAGCAGACCACUGGCCAACAGCCCCAAGGGGAACCCCAUUACCUGGGCUCAGGAUCCAAGCCUAUUCUGUAUUCCCACAGCAAUGCUAUCCCUAAGAACUCUGUAAAUCUCUGUUUCUGCAUGGCCCAGAGAUACCCCUUCCUCAACUCAAUGAGGCCUGGAUUUGCUCAAAAAGGCUUUGCUAAUAUAUUCUAUGGGCCCUCUUGUGGGAUGGUCCUAACCCAGAAAUCCACCUCCUCUUUCUCUCUCUCCCUCUCGUCCCUUCUAUGUGUAUAUCUCUAAAGGAUUUAUAAGGACAGCAACAAGAGAGUUCUAACAAUUCUAGUGUGAAGCCAAAUAGUGAUCUUUUAGUGCUUUGGGGAUGGGGUGGGCUGGGGUGGAUGGAUGGGCAACAGUGAUUUUGAUUACCCCUGCUGCUCUGCACUUGCCAGUUUAUUAUUUCAUUUCUUCUAUCUGACUGUUUGACCCUGUCAAACAAGUGUCAAAGUUGUGUGUUUAAAAAAAAUGUUUAAAAAAAUAUGAUGUUGUAAUGACACAAAGCCUUAUGAAAAUAUUUAUGGAG